CAGAUAUAUCUGCUACUUACAGCCCACCAUUAGCCUACCGUCGCUACAAACGUCGACAUUUGCCCUUGUCCACAUAUGUCUUUGACCAUGCCAUAAGUCUUGGAUCAAUGCAACGUCUUUUGUGCCCCAGAAUCAGAAGCUGGACUGUGGAAGUUGGCAGUGGCUCGUACUCCACAGCUAGUUUCCCCACCGAGUAUAUAAGAGAGAUGCAUCACCCCGGUUACUUUCCCGUGUUACAUCUCCAAGCUCACUUUUUUUUCUCUCUACCCUCACCUCUUCCCGAUCAUGGCUGGCGCUUGCGAACAACUCGACAUGAUCUUGGCUAGAGACGCUGCCGCUAAGAAUUUCUCCUGGUUCAUUUUGCCAGGAAGGUCCAUGGCCUCCGUUAGGUUCGAAUCAAAGUUUGCUCCUCAGGCAUGGAUGCCCCCCAACCCGACAUACACAUCAACUGAGGAGCAAACGCCAAAAUACAUCUGGCAUCCUCACGGUGUUGCCAUGAUAAGACCAACUUUGAAUCAACACCUACAGGCCUAUUUCUACAAGGUCCAACACAUCUUGCCACGAAUCUGCCACCCCUCUGUCAUCCAUAAUGAAGCCCGCUUGAUCACCCAUUCGGUGAACGCUGGAUUCAAUAGCAAACCAGAGUCAUUCGGUGAGGCAGUGGCGAAAGCGCUGUUCCGCGCCGGGGCUACUCGACUGGAAUACACCCGGACUGUGGCACUGCUCACAAAUGACGUUCUCAUCGAACUCAAUCUGAGCGACUGGUGUGCCAUGCGCGCUCUCCGAUUAUACCUCGAAGACAUCGCUACUUCGACUGUACUCAAGGCCUGGUCUAAUAUUUCGGUCGAUUUCAUGUUCACGUCUGGUGCGACUGGUUUGGAGAAAGCUAGCGACUCACUUGAGCCUAUCCGAAACGAAAUGUUCAAUGCAGCAGCUUUCUAUGGCGACCUUGUUGCGAUUGGCAUCAUCCCUCGCAGUCUAUUUGAUUCCGUCAUAAAUGGCUUCUUGGACUGCCUGACAUCGGUAUCCCAGUGUCGCAUGCUUUAUCUCAUGUUGGUCCGAGCAACAUUCCACAUCGCAUCCCCUAUACAACCAAGUUGUUUACUUGCCUGGCAUAAAAAGUUACUCUCUCCAAAGCGAAUCAGGCUGCCUAUGGAUGACGUGAUGGUCCAGAGGUGGAUUAUCGAGCUCUGCAACGUGAUUGAUAAGGCUGUUGUUCAAAACCAAGCCAUCGUGCAACGUUGCAAAACUACCAACUCACCAGCCGGAAAUCAUAUCUGGGACACGAAGCUCACCCGCCAGGGUCUGCACGAUUUAAUUGAAAAGAUGUAAUAUUGUAGACUUAUGGGAAAGAUGGUUUAUCAUUAUUUCGAGUUCUUAGCUUACCUGUAACACUUAAUAAUAGCCUUAGAAUGUCUCGUGAUGUUAGGC